AUGUAUGUAUUGAUCGAGAGGCAGAGCGCGGGCACUACGAGCGAUCCGGCCGCUCAUAUACCUACUCAACGCUUGCUCACUAUUUCUCCUGUUGAAAUAGGUCAUCCAGGUUCCAACGUUUUUGUUAAUCAGCAGCAGUGGGAUACAGCUACAGCCCAAAAUUCCUAUACCACUAUGGGGAUAUCUCUGGUGCGAGCAUUAUUCGAGGAAGAUGUACUGUUGGCCAGUAACUUGAGAGGCAGUUCCAGUAGAAGUGAUACGAAUGCAGCUCGUAGACCGGGAUUGAACUCGGUUAUUCUUGCAGUGAUCGAAGGUUGA